CUAGUUCACCUGAAGGUGUAGCUCGCUCACCUGGCUCAGGUGAUUGCAAAACUCAGUCGAGGAGGAAGUAGGUUGGCCCGACAGUAUGUCGGCCUCAGCAAUUUUCAUCCUUGACUUGAAAGGCAAGCCACUAAUCAGCCGCAAUUAUAAAGGAGAUGUCAGCAUGUCGGAGAUUGAUUACUUCAUGCCACUCUUCAUGCAAAAGGAGGAAGAGUGCGACCUGACCCCAGUCCUCUCCCAUGGAAAGGUUCACUACCUUUGGAUAAAGCAUAGCAACAUCUACUUGGUGGCCAUCACCAUGAAGAAUGCCAAUGCCUCACUGGUAUAUUCCUUUCUCUAUAAAGUGGUUGAGGUUUUUUCUGAAUACUUCAAGGAGUUGGAGGAAGAGAGCAUCCGUGACAAUUUUGUCAUUGUGUAUGAGCUACUGGAUGAGCUGAUGGACUUUGGGUUUCCUCAGACGACAGAUAGUAAAAUUUUGCAGGAGUACAUCACUCAGCAGGGCAACAAAUUGGAGAUAGCUAAAUCCCGGGUUCCAGCCACUGUCACCAAUGCAGUCUCUUGGAGAUCGGAGGGGCUUAAAUACAAGAAGAAUGAGGUCUUCAUUGAUGUCAUUGAAUCUGUUAACCUGUUGGUUAAUGCCAAUGGGAGUGUCCUGCUGAGUGAGAUAGUGGGUUCCAUUAAAUUGAAGGUGUUCCUUUCUGGUAUGCCGGAGCUACGUCUGGGCCUCAAUGAUAGGGUCCUUUUUGAGCUCACAGGACGUGGAAAAAAUAAAUCUGUAGAACUCGAGGAUGUAAAGUUCCACCAGUGUGUGCGACUAUCACGUUUUGACAAUGAUCGUACUAUUUCCUUCAUUCCACCUGAUGGAGAUUUUGAGCUUAUGUCAUAUCGCCUGAGUACACAGGUGAAACCUCUCAUCUGGAUCGAAUCCGUCAUUGAGAAGUUCUCUCACAGCCGAGUGGAGAUUAUGGUUAAGGCAAAGGGUCAGUUCAAAAAACAAUCAGUGGCCAAUGGUGUGGAGAUAAGUGUGCCUGUCCCAAGUGAUGCUGACUCACCCAAAUUCAAAACCAACAUCGGCAAUGCAAAAUAUCUGCCUGAAAAGAAUACUGUUAUCUGGAAUAUAAAGUCCUUCCCAGGUGGUAAAGAAUAUUUGAUGCGAGCCCAUUUUGGGCUGCCCAGUGUUGAGAACGAGGAGCUGGAAGGUCGGCCACCCAUCUCAGUCCGAUUUGAAAUCCCCUACUUCACAGUCUCUGGGAUUCAGGUACGGUACAUGAAGAUCAUUGAAAAGAGUGGGUACCAGGCUCUGCCAUGGGUCCGCUAUAUCACCCAGAGUGGAGAUUAUCAACUUCGGGCACAUUAAUCGUAUAAUUGGACAGAUUCUGAUACUCUCAAGAAUGAAGAAGUCUGAAUGACUUUUAAUCCAGGCUCUAUCUGGAUCUGAUCUUGUAUAUUUGUAUAUUUCCUGGCAAAGUGCUGCUCUGGUCCUUAUUUCAUCCAACCACAGCUUGGGUUGAUAGUUGUUGGAGAAUUACAUCUAAGGUUGGUCUGGGAGAGAAUCAUAGCCUAUUCUUAUUCUUCUUGUUGCCUACAAUGGCAUGUAUACUGCUUCUUGGCUUGAAUGGAAGCAACUUGUUUAUAUAUUGUGCCUUGCAAGGCUUUUUGGUGAAAAAUCUUUGAUAAGUAAAAGAGCCGCUGUGGCGCAGUGGUUAGAAUGCAGUACUGCAAGAUACUUCUGCUGACUGCUGGCUGACUGCAAUUUGCCAAAUUGAAUCUCACCAGACUCAAGAUUGACUCAGCCUUCCAUCCUUCCAAAGUGGGUAAAAUGAGGACUCAGAUUGUUGGGGGCAAUAUGCUGACUCUGUAAUCCACUUAGAGAGGGUUGUAAAAGCACUGUGAAGUGGUAUAUAAGUCUAAGUGCUAGUGUUAUUGCUUCAUUCAGAAUUUCUCUUUUAGAGAAUUCCUGAGACAAAAGAGCAGAUGUGGUAGUACCACUGGUGGGUGGGUGGGUCUCUUUAUUUGGAAAACUUUAUCCAGGGGAUUUGAUGUUGCAUCUUACUAGUGCCUGAAUAGAAUUCAGUUCAUCCUGAAAUGUAACCAAGUUUCUUCAGAGGGAGAGUUGUGUGCAGGAGAAAUGCAGUGACAGAAAGAAGAAUCUACAAUGUUAUGGAAUCAAGAACUGCAGAUCUGGGUUUAAAUAUCAACUUGUUCAUGAAUUUUCUGAGAAAUUGUGGGAAAUGCUUAAUCUCUUUUCUUUUUUUGUAAAAUGAGAAUAGUAGCUGCCUAUCUUUUGUUAUAAAGAUGAUGAAAUGACUUAAUAAUUUUCUUGUUUUUAAAGUAUGACAAUCUUUAAAUGGACAGAAAUAAAUUUUUUUCAGUGAAAUUAA